GUGGUCAACAACACAAUUUCACGUGCCAUGGCGAAGACAAAGGGAGCACCAGGAGUCAAGAUGAAGAUAAAAAAACUUAAUGCAAUGCAUCCCAAGAGUCGCAAAGCGGCGAAAACGCACAAAGAAUUGAUUCACAUUGAUAAAUGUGCGCUACACAUCCAAACCAAGGACCUCAAAUGGAAGCCAGAACUCACGAAGAUGCACUGGUUUCAGAAGGCGGUGUGGAUGGACGCCAAGGACGUCUACACCCGACAAGAACUCAACGACCUUGCGUUGGAGUUCAUUUGCCGCAACGACGAUGAGAUCAUGGAGGCGAAAGCAGCAGCGUUCGCAGGAGCAAUACACGAAUGUUUCAUUCAAAGUCCCCGACUUGACCAACUCCAAGGUUAUCCGAAGCUUGAAAGAUUGGAAGACAGGAAAUGUUGACCAAAUGCGGAACAUCAAAACAAUACUGAUAGGAAACAAAGAUGCCGUUCAAGAAGGAAAACUGAUCCUCAUGGAAAACAGUUAGUAAAGAAAUUCUCUAUCUCU